CCGGCGGCCGCCCAAGAUGGCGGCGCGGCCGCGCAGCCUGAGGAGGAGCGCGGGGCGCGGGUAACCGGGGCGGGCGCGGGGCGGCCGCGAUGAUCGAGCUGGGCCGCGUCUCAGGCGCUCGCUGAAGGCGCAGCCCGCCCGGCCAUGGCGCUGAGGGAGCUCAAAGUUUGCCUUCUGGGGGACACUGGUGUGGGCAAAUCAAGUAUCGUGUGGAGGUUUGUAGAAGAUAGCUUUGAUCCCAACAUCAACCCAACAAUAGGAGCCUCAUUUAUGACCAAGACUGUACAGUAUCAGAAUGAGCUGCAUAAAUUCUUGAUUUGGGAUACAGCUGGACAGGAGCGGUUCCGUGCUUUAGCCCCGAUGUAUUACAGAGGCUCAGCAGCAGCCAUUAUAGUGUAUGACAUCACAAAAGAGGAAACAUUCUCAACGUUAAAGAACUGGGUUAAAGAGCUUCGCCAGCACGGACCUCCCAACAUUGUUGUAGCUAUUGCAGGAAAUAAGUGUGAUCUCAAUGAUGUGAGAGAAGUCAUGGAAAAAGAUGCUAAAGACUAUGCAGAUUCCAUUCAUGCAAUAUUUGUAGAGACAAGUGCGAAAAAUGCAAUAAACAUUAAUGAACUCUUUAUAGAAAUUAGUCGCAGAAUUCCAUCGACCGACACCAACCCCCCGUCCAGCGGGAAGGGCUUCAAACUUCGGAGGCAGCCAUCGGUGACGAAGCGCAGCUGCUGUUGACCGACCCCCUUAGAAAGUCAAACUUGUUCCUACAGUAGGUGGUCUUGGAAGUUCAUAAGUUCACGUUGGGUUUGUAUUCUCAGUCUUAGAUCUUUAUCUGCUGGUGUUCACACACCCAGGGUCCCCCCCAAAAAAAAGGGACCAGCUCAUCCGACAGCCGCACGCUGGCAGACAGGACUGCAGCCGCGAUGCCGUGUGGUGGCUCUUGCAUUCAAAGGGAAUCCGUCAUCACUUUUUUUUGGCCUUGCCUGACAGGAAGGUGACUAUAUGGGUGGUAGAACUGAAACGUUUCAUAGUUUUCUAAUCAAGGUUUGAGGAGGUUUGGGGUUUUUUUUUUUUGUAAAAAGGGAAAUGAGCACUUUUGUGGGACAUCAGGGUGGGAGGAGUCUGGAAGUUAGAUGUCAUUUCUUCCUUUUCUUCAGUGAGCCUUAUUUUAAAUCUAAGUGUAGCUAAUCCAAAGUGUGAUGGGACAGUUGGUGUGAGAUGGCUACAGAAUAAGCAACUGAAGAUAAAUAGUAGGUAAAUCAGUCCAUCCAGUCCCCAAAUCCCAUUUGCACUUUUUAUUUAAAGAUGAUAUGCUCUGGGGGUGGGGACACAAGCAACAGAUAUUAAACCACAGACAAUCUUUCUUUCAUGCUGACUGUAAUCACUUUAAGGCAAAUUGAUAUGCUCAUAGGCAUCUUUUUGUUCUCAAAAGUUUUUUAAUAUUAAGAUGUUGGUUGAAGGAAACCUACCUGUAGUUCUGACUAAAUUAAGUGGUUACUGACUAAAAAGAGAUGCUGUAAACAGAUGCUGCCAGUGGUUCUGAUAAGACCUACAGGUUUUUGGGGAAAGCUUUUAAUUUCUUGGCAUGUGUAAAGUGUUCAUAGUAUAUUUAUGAGACCAGUGUUUAAAGUAUUAUAAAUUAUGUAAAAAAUAAUGCAAUCUUCUACACUCCUUCCAUUCCACACCUAUGGAUAAACCCUUGGGGACUCUCCAUCAGGUUUUUUUCCUGCAUUUUAGGUAUUGUCACUGUGAGUUCAUCCAGAGGCAGAUGAAAUUCUUUCUCUUUCAAUCACAUUUGAAAGGGCCAAUAGAGAAUGCUGUCAGUGCAGCAUGAGGACUGUCUGUUGAACAAGCUUUCAUCUGGGGUGCACCCAGUCUUUCCUAUUUUGGGCACAAAAAUACAAAUAGGAAGUAACCUUAAGACACGUGGUAACGUAGAUCGUUACCACUUGGUUCCUGGGGUUUUUAAUCUGUGAGGGGUUUUAGCAAUUCAGUGUUUAGCUUAUUCUGUAUUGGUUUUAGUAGGCUUUCAAUUAAACCAUAGGUUGACCAUACCUGUUUGUGCUAUUUUAUUUAUUUUUACUUUUUGUUUCUUACCAGCACUAGUGAGAAACUUUUAUACUUUUGAAGAAGAACAGCUUAAUAGACUUGAGUAUAUACUAAAAUAUGCUGUUUAGCUUUAGUAUCAAAAUGAGGUCAUGUUGAUGAUGCUUAUUCUUUGUUUUUAAUCUGGUUUUCUAUCAUCUCAAGUAUUUUCUCUGAAGGAAAUGUAAGAAAGUUUGUAAGAAAUGAAAGGACUCGUAGUUCAGAUUAGUUUGUAUUCGUGACAAUUCCCACAGAGCUGUUCUGGAGCAAAACAGGCAAACUGUUGCAGUGAGGUUUCUGAAAGGGUCAGGAUGUUCUAAUGAAAUUUGGUGACUACAUUUCUGUCAUGCCUUUUGCUCACCCUGCCUGCACUGCCAAUGAUGCCUUCUUUGCCUCACGCCCAAAAAACACAACUUCCUUGCACACUUCCUAUCCUUUUGCAGUUCUGAUCCUGAAUUACUGCAGUUAAUGGAAACAUGGAAAUAGCCAAUGUUUGAGAUUGUCCAAACUACAAACCCUGGAGGGAGGCUGCUCUUUAACACCUGCCUGUUUAAACUGACAGACGGUUGAUGUAAGUUCUGAGUCAAGAGAACUGUUUAUUGAUCCAUUGGCCCCAGCUGGAAGCUGGAAUAGUCUUCCCUGGAUGAGAUGCACAUGUUGAUUGCUUCAUUUUUCUUGUAGAAGAAUGGUUUCUUUUGUAUUAAUAAUUUGUCAGGUCAUCUGCUUUCAUCUUGCACUAGGCUUGCUGGAAUUGAUUUUAUUUUGUCCCAACAUAGCUUCUCUAUUUGGUGAUACAUUAGUAUUUGAGUGUUUGGAGAGCUGAUUAUCAACUGUUCCAGCUAAAUUUUUUAAUAAUUUUUUUCUGUGAAGAAGUUGUUAAAAAAGCUCAGGAUUAAAGUUUUAUUCCACCAUAUCUUUCUGCUUAAUGAGUGGAGCUCAUCAGAGAGACCAGACUUUCAGAUGCUCUCAAAGGGAAUUCCACAAUCACAGAAUGGGUCAGGUUGGAGGGGAGCACAGUGGGUCAUCUGGUUCAACUUCCCUGCUCCAGCAGCAUCUUCCCAGAGCACAUGGCACAGCUUAAUUCCUGCAAAACAGGUCUGGAAUGGUAAAGUACCAUGUAUGUAAAAAUGUAGCGAGGUGCGUGUCAUAGCAUUGAUCCAGAGCAUUUUUUAACUGAUAGAAUAUGACUGUUUCAACUUCUAAACAACACCACUACCAUUCUUUCACAUGAAAGUUACAGAUUUGAACAAAAAUAUAAUUUGGUAAAUAUUUAGUUCUUAAGCUUUGGAGCAACUUGAAUGUGCUCCCCAAGUUUUGGGAGGUGUCUUCAUCCAACCCUGUAAAUUACAACAGCCACUUGGCUGCCUUGCCAGGCUCCUGAUCUGUGCUGUAGGUAAUUUUGUAGGAUAUUUUAUAACCAUCCUGAAAACUGGCACAACUAAAUGCCCAAGAAGGCAAAAUCUGGAAACUUACAUUUAAUAACAUGAACGUCUAGUAAUCCUACUACUGAAAAUUGUUACAGGUGCUUUGAAAAGCUCUAAGACAAUUCUAACACUUUUUGCUGUUGCCAAGAAGGUAAAGACUUUGUUCUUAGGUCCAUGUUGAAACAAAACAAAUCACUGCUCUUCAGAACCCUGCUGACAUCAGUGAGACCCUUCCUUUAAGUGCUGCAGGAUCAGACAGUUAAUGGUUUAGAAGGAUGUUUUGUGCAGACUUGAGUCUUUGAUGUGUUGCUUUACAUUUAAUGCCACUGGCCUGCUCAAGAAAGAUUAUUUAUUUGCUUGGGAAAAGAGUAAGAGGAGAGGAGACAGUGCCUGCUUACUGAUUUGGAAGUCUAAUCCUUUAACCUGAUUGAGGGAGAGCUACAUUUGUGGUUAAAGCUUCAUUUAACUAUCAAGAAGUAAUUCAGGGUGGAUAUCUUGGAUGGUUUAAAAGUUGGCCUCAGCAAGACUUUUUUGUUAACGCUGUUAAGCUUAAAUUAUUCCUCAAAAUAAGGUAAUAUUAGCUGGAAAAGGAAGCUGUAGCAGUGAUGUUUGAAUGACUUGCUUGUGGAACAGUCUUUAGUGUGUAUUAAGGGUGUUGUAGUUUAUUUGUGGUGUGCUAUGUCAGCAAUCUGCAAAGACUGUCUUGGGAAUUGAUGAUGUACAGGACAGAAGCUGUCAGAGCAGUGGAGCCUCACCCUGAGUGAACCUCCCUCCCAGCAGCAAUAGCUACAGACAAGCAGGGAAAAAUCAUCUCAAACAUGAGGAGAGUCUGCAUCACUCACUGACUUCAACUUCUAUACUGCCUGCUCAGUUUCUAAAAAGGCUUCGUGUAUCUCUUGUGAACACUUUCAACCUCUAGAAAAAAAGAGGCUUUUCUGUUCAUGGACAAGAGAGCAGGACAAACUUUCUUAACUUUCCUAGCAGGAAGUCGUUUUACAGAGACCUGAGUUGGUUUAUACCCCACGAGUCAGUUACUUGAAGCAGGAGAAUUGUGUACUUGAAAUUAAGCUUCUAAAAAAAAUCUGCACAAAAUUCUCUGAAGAAAACUGUUAAUGUUUUAUGUUCAGAUCCCAUCCCUAGUAAUAGAUGACUAGUAAUGGUAGGUGACAGAAGAUUUACAGAAAUAAGAUGUUGGUGUGAAAUACCAAUGUCAGAUGGAAACACAGGUUCUAAUAUUAAAAAAGUCAUGUUAGCUUUCCUUUGAGUCUUAUGGCUCCAGCUUGUCAAAAGGAAUGUGCUUGAAACUACAUCUCUGUAUAUCCUACAAAAUUCAGGUGCCAAAACAUAAUUCCCUAACAUUAUUGAGGCCUUCUGACACCAGUGUUUCUGAAACAUCCCUUGUGAUAUUCUGGAGGUCUCAAAAGUCUGAAUGCAAAGCAUUUCUUGCUCAGCUACAGUCAAACAUUCAUGACUUGGAAAAAAUCAAACAAACAUUACCAGCCUUUGUCCAUGAAGUGUCACAGAUAACAAAUCUUUUAAGGGAUACAAGACUAUCCUGAAAUCCAAGAAUACUGAUGCUCUUAGCCUCUGACAUGUCAAAAUGAUCCUAGGGUCAGCUUUUUCCUCCUUCCCCCUCCCAUUUCACCCCACCCCUGAAUUUUUAACAUAGUGUUGUCAAGAGUGUACAUGCCAUAAACAGCUAUUCAGAAAUACUUUAAAGAGUUCUAAUGGCUCAGAGUUAUUUGGUGCUUUCUAUUUUACAUGGAAAAUCAAGGCAGUAGGAUGACUCUUCUCAGUUUAGAGUCAGGACUUCUUAGAAGAAACAAUUUUGCUGUUCCUGUUACGUCAUCCUGCAAGUUGAUGUUCUUCAAUUUUUGCUUAAACACUACUAUAAAUUUUAUUCAAGGAGCUAAUUACCUUUAUAAAGGUGUUCUUUUAAGAAGGUUGGGGUUUCCUUUGCUUUGUUUCUAUUGAUGUUUUCACAUAAGUAUUAUGGAACAAACCAACUGCUACUUCUUUUCCCAAUGUUGAAGGGCACAGACCACUCCUCCUGUCAUGCACUUCCCGGUGUGGGUGUGAUACUCCAUCCAGUUGUUGCACUUGGACAUGCUGUAACUCUGACACCUUGGUAGAUUCACUGCUACUGUCUUGCCUCACUUCUACUCAUGUUACAAUAUGUAUUUCCUAUUAAAUCCAUUAUGUUUUCUUGGCAAUUUGUUCUUUGUUUCCUUGUGGGGUUUAGACAGGAAUAGUUUUGGCGUGUGUCUUUUUUUGCCACAAAGGUUCUGGAAGUAUCUGCUACAACAGCAAAUAUUUGUAAGCAAAGUAGAAAUUCAUUAGUACAGCUUUAGGAAACUGUUAAUGCAGCUGAGAGCUGCACCACAACUGUAUUUUACCACAUAAUGAAGGCUAAAAGCACAUUCACCUGAAGGAGCAAAUUAUUGUAAGCCUCUAGUAACACAAUGUAAACUCUUCUGUGUUUUAACUUCCUUUUUUGUACUUCCUCUUCCUGAAUAUUGUGUGUCCAGCAGUGACAUUGUGACGGUGAAUUAAUUGAUUUAAGGCACAGAAAUGGAUCACAUUUCUGGAGCUGCAAGACACUUAAGACUUCCUGGCUAUCUUCCCACUUUUACCCCCCACGCUGAAUACAAUGAAUUUAAAAAAAAAAAAGAAGGUUUCUUCUCAACGAGAAACUUUGCAUUUGUGUGUUCAGGACACAAAAAUCCCCUGAUAUGCAGAUAGCUCUUGCAGUGUAAUAAAUGUUUGCCUGUAAAAUUAGGUGUGAAGGUUAACCUUGGUAUCAGCAAUUCUUGUCCCUCGUAAGAACAUUCUGCCUUUUCAGUCUAGGAUUGAGUUAACCUGUUACAAGGGUUGAAAGGUCUGUGCCUUCUUAUUAUAUUCUCUCUUACUGAAACAAACUCAAGCCGCUCCAAGUUACAGAGCGUUUGCAGCACUGUAAACUGCACAAAUCUCCAGCCAUUGCUUCACUGCAUGAAGUGUAGUCAGAUUACUAGUGGUGAAAUAUUGUAGUGAUGAAAUUCCCAAGCUUAUGAAUGUUUUGAGACUUUUUUUAGUCUUCUCUUGGGCUGGUCCUGAGAGCGUGUACAGGUUUGUCUGUAUUGUUGGUUUGUAGAUGCUAAUGAGGAAAACCAGGCUUUUGUUCUCUCCUUUUUGUUUGAAUUGUUACACUCCCAUAUAGUGCAUAGAAUGCAAAUAAAGAAAUGUUGAUUUGACAUAAUGUAAACAGCCUUUUCAGCCUAAGCAUUCAUAAUAAACUUUUAUAGUGUAAUAACAUGCUAAAUCACUACCAGUCUGAUGUAUUGUGCAAAAAAAAAAAGAAAAGGUGUAAACAUUUUAUUAAUAAAAAGCUUUGUUUAUAAA